AUGCGACUUCAAAAGACGUAUGUUCUCGCUGUCAUCUGGGCCGCCAGCGGGGCAGCAGCUGUCACCCAGAUUACUGAUGAGCAGAUGGCGAGUUAUCUUGGCGAAGGAGGGGUGGAACUUGCAGAUCGCUAUGCACCCAUGUGGUUCUUUGGCCAGGCACUUGAGCACCCCCCUUGUUACCCAACGUGGGCCUUUGGAGGAUCUCCUACUUCAAAUGAUGUCUACGACAGCAGCCACAGGACCCCUGCGGCGGCACAGUGCGAGUAUCCAGACGUUGGCUGCAAAUGCCGCAACCCAGGAGUGGCCAUUAACAAUAGGGCACCGGGCUUUCCGAUUUACUAUACCUUUAAAAGGUGUAGUGAUACCGAGGUGCGAGUGGCGUAUAAUCUCUUCUAUGAGAAGGACGGUGCCAAAGUAAUCGGAGUUAUUGACACCGGCCACGACUACGACUGGGAAAGAGUAAUCAUCAUUCACUCCCGGGAUGGCAACAACAUGUGGGCACCAUCGAGAGCACUGCUCUCUUCCCACAGCGGCUAUCACAAUCUAGCCUGGGGGGAUAUCCAGAAUACUCUCACCACGGAGGAGGUCCAAGCUGGAGCAGCCAAUGACCCCAAUGGUGUCCGUAAUAAUGAUCACCCCAAGGUGUAUAUCUCAUGGUCGAAACAUGCCCACUUCGAUACACGCAAUACCGGCUGGGUUGACCCAAUCAGUCAGUCGACGGAUAAUGCGUUCCGUAGUAAUGAUUGGUGGCAUUAUGUUGACAGACAGUACUAUCAUGCUUGUUUUGAUGCUGACAAGUGUAGAUCUUAUCAGAUCACUCCACAGAUGCCGGUAAGGCUUUGGGCAGUGUUGGUUGGGGCAGUGCCACAAGUAAUCCCCCUUAUGUGCAAGAGAGUAUCUGUACUGCUGAGAAAUCUUGAACAUGUGGCGAUGUCCUGGUUCCAAAAAACCUUCUCUCUUCCUCCGAAGUCCCGCGGCUCAUAUCUGAUCGACGACGAGGUCAGAAAACAGCUCCCCGAAAUCAAGGACUACAAGGUCGGAAUCCUACACCUUUUCAUCAAACACACGAGCUGCGCCCUUUCAUUGAACGAAAAUUGGGACGAAGAUGUGCGUGAAGACAUGACCAAUGCGCUUGAGCGAAUUGCGCCUUAUGAUCGGGAGGGGGACCUUUAUCUCCAUUCAGCGGAAGGAGAGGAUGACAUGCCGGCACAUAUUAAGUCCGCGCUAAUCGGAGCUUCCGUUAGCAUUCCGAUUUCUGAUGGAAAGCUGGCCACCGGCACUUGGCAGGGAAUUUGGUAUUUGGAGUUCAGGGCUCAUACGCAUAGAAGAAAUGUUGUCGCUACCAUUCAGGGAGAGAAAAAAUGA